AUGAUACCUUCAACAAACUCUUCGUCUAAAGUCUUUACUUCAUCUCUUCCUCCACAAGAUUCAACCGUUGGAACAACUGGAUCUUCUAGUUCAAACUAUUAUGUAUCCACAGAUAUCCAAGUAAACAGUGAGGGGACAACGCAGUCCCACACAGUUUCAACAGAGAUUGUUUAUACAACGAAAUCGGCUAUCUGUGGAGCACCAAAGUCAUGUGUAGAUGGUCAAUUUUAUGAGGACAGCUGUGACAUUCGCAAGUACUACCAGUGUUCGUCUGGUGUUGCAUGGCACUACGAGUGUGCUACUGGAACAGUGUGGGAUAAACGAAUCCAAAAUUGUAACUGGGAUUACCUCGUCCUUACUUCGUCUGCACCCUGUGGCUGUGGUCCUCCAUCAGAUUGUAUUCAUGGAAAGUUUUAUGAAGACAAAUGCGAUAUGAAACUUUACUACCAAUGUGCACAUGGUAUUCCUUAUCCAUAUGAAUGCCAUCCUGGAACUCUUUGGGAUGUAACAAUUACUAAUUGUAAUUGGGAGUAUGCAGUAGCCAGCAGAACACUCCCGACUGGAUCAGAUUGCAGCAGUUAUGGUACAACUCAUUUACCUGGUCAGCAGACUACUGUUCCAUCUACACAGACCCAAAAGCAAAUUUCUGAAAAGACUUCCCAGCACACAGAACAUUCAACUUCUGAUUCCACGAAUAGAGAUUUCUCAACUGUGAAAGUCUCCACUUCCUCAAGCACACACACACCGUCUGCUGAUCAAACUAUAGCCAAAACUCAAUCAACCGAAAUACCUCCUGCCUCUCAGUCAUACACAUCCGUAACACUUGUGUCAACAAGCCAGGUUACUACACUCCAGUCAAGCAUAUUCACUAAGCAACCCAUUGUUUCUUCGACCUUUUUAUCUACAUCUUCCCCAAAAAGUGAAACUCAAACUAAGGAACAAUCCAGGACUUCGUCUCUCUUUACUACAACAGAUGGUCCUGUAUCACUAUCCCGGCAACAAACAACAUCAUUCCGUACUGUCCCCACUGAUCAGACACAAACCCGUCAACAAGCUACAACGCCUUCCUAUAUUGCCACUACAGGCCGCACAUCAUCAAAAAUUCAGCACCAAACAACUACGGAUCUCACUUCGUUACAAACUCACCAAAAUACAGCAACUUUGUCAUCUGUUACCACAACAGAUGGCACACGAACAAGCCAUCAGCAGACAUCAAUGUUGCCCAAUGUUGCUUCUACAAAUGGCUCAGUAUCUCAAGUAGAAAAACAGAUAACAUCAUCCCCUGUUGCAACAACAAAUGGCGCACUUUCUCAAGUUCAACAACAGACAACAACAUCGCACCAUACUGUCACCACGAAUGACUCAAUAUCACAGGCUCAACAACAGUCUACCGCACAAACCCAAACGACAACCGCUUGUGGACCUCCUGACACUUGUCCAUUUCCGGCUUGGGAUUCUGGAAGCACAACUAUGACGUCACACUAUCUUCUAAUUCCUUUAGGAGUUCUAUUAGCAUUUAUUUUCUCAUAUUUAUAG